GCUCCCUGCAGGGCCGCUCACCUUGAUUUGCGAAGCUGAGGCGGGCCGAGGCCGCGAGGCUACAGGCGGGAGACCCGCGGCUACUGGAGCCUCCUCGGCCCACUCCGGCUCCUCAAACAUGCCGGUGGGGUGGAUGAAGUCGCGGGAUCCACACAACUCUCCACGUGCAGAGCGCGUCUCUAGCGAACCGAGGGCCCGGAGCCGCCGAUACUGAGCCGGAAACCAAAGAGUGAAGCAUGGGUAGCUAGAGCGGUCGACGCGGCGCCGGAAACCAUCGAGUUUAGGCACUGCUGGCUAGAAGGGCAAGGGAGGCGAGAGGGAGGGAGGAAUGGGGGCCCGCGCUGGCCAGAGAGGGCCAGGGGCGGGGCCGGGCGGCGGGCGCGGCCGGACGGGAGUUCCCCGAAGAAGGCUCCUCCGGUCCGAGUCCCGUUGGCAGGCUUCCCCAAUCUAGGGGACUCAGCGCCGGGACGCUGCUAUGGACGACAUUUUCACUCAGUGCCGGGAGGGCAACGCAGUGGCCGUUCGCUUGUGGCUGGACAACACGGAGAACGACCUCAACCAGGGGGAUGAUCAUGGCUUCUCCCCCUUGCACUGGGCCUGCCGAGAGGGCCGUUCUGCUGUGGUUGAGAUGCUUAUCAUGCGGGGGGCACGAAUCAAUGUGAUGAAUCGUGGGGAUGACACCCCCCUGCACCUGGCAGCCAGUCAUGGACACCGUGAUAUUGUGCAGAAGCUGCUGCAGUAUAAAGCUGACAUCAAUGCAGUGAAUGAGCAUGGAAAUGUGCCCUUGCACUAUGCCUGUUUUUGGGGCCAAGAUCAGGUUGCAGAGGACCUGGUGGCUAAUGGGGCCCUUGUCAGCAUUUGUAACAAGUAUGGAGAGAUGCCUGUGGACAAAGCCAAGGCACCCCUGAGAGAGCUCCUCCGAGAGCGGGCAGAGAAGAUGGGCCAAAACCUUAACCGUAUUCCAUACAAGGACACAUUCUGGAAGGGAACCACCCGUACUCGGCCCCGAAAUGGGACUCUGAACAAACACUCCGGCAUUGACUUCAAACAGCUCAACUUUCUGGCGAAGCUCAACGAGAAUCACUCUGGAGAGCUAUGGAAGGGCCGUUGGCAGGGUAAUGACAUCGUCGUGAAGGUGUUAAAGGUUCGAGACUGGAGUACCAGGAAGAGCAGGGACUUCAACGAGGAGUGUCCCCGUCUCAGGAUUUUCUCGCAUCCAAAUGUGCUCCCAGUGCUAGGUGCCUGUCAGUCUCCACCUGCUCCUCACCCCACCCUCAUCACACAUUGGAUGCCAUAUGGAUCCCUGUACAAUGUAUUACACGAAGGCACCAAUUUUGUUGUGGACCAGAGCCAGGCUGUGAAGUUUGCAUUGGACAUGGCAAGGGGCAUGGCCUUCCUACAUACAUUAGAGCCCCUCAUCCCACGACAUGCACUCAAUAGCCGUAGUGUAAUGAUUGAUGAGGACAUGACUGCCCGAAUCAGCAUGGCCGACGUCAAGUUUUCCUUCCAGUGCCCUGGGCGUAUGUAUGCACCUGCCUGGGUGGCCCCUGAAGCUCUGCAGAAGAAGCCUGAAGAUACAAACAGACGCUCAGCAGACAUGUGGAGUUUUGCAGUGCUUCUGUGGGAACUGGUGACACGGGAGGUACCAUUUGCUGACCUCUCCAACAUGGAGAUUGGAAUGAAGGUGGCACUGGAAGGCCUUCGGCCUACCAUCCCACCAGGCAUUUCCCCCCAUGUGUGUAAGCUCAUGAAGAUAUGCAUGAAUGAAGACCCUGCUAAGCGGCCCAAGUUUGACAUGAUUGUGCCUAUCCUGGAGAAGAUGCAGGACAAGUAGAGCCGGAAAGCCCUUGCCUAAACUCCAGAGGUGUCAGGACACGGUUAGGGGAGUAUGUCUCCCCAAAGCAGCAGGCCCCUGGUUGCCUCCCCUGCCUCCAGUCAUGGUACUACCCCAGCCAUGGGGCCCAUCCCCUGCCCCCAUCCCUACCACUGCAGCCCCCAAAGGGGCUAGGCUCAGAGCUUUGUCACUUGCCACACGGUAUCUCCCAGCAUGGGAGGGACCAGCCCUGCCUGUCACAAUAAAGUUUAUUACGAAAACAGGCUGGUGUGGGGACAAGGGGACAGACAAGUACAUUUAGGUUGGGUGGCUCAGGUGAAGUAGUGCGGCUUCUUCACAUUGAUGCCGUACUCGCUGAGGGCAGGGGUCAAGUCCUCCAUGGUUAGAGUGUACUUGCGGUCCUGAGGGAAGAGGGAAGAGCACCAGCUGAGCACAGGAAUCCCAGAUUUCAAUCCCAGGUGGGUGACCC